CUUUCCAACCUGACUCUCCCACUACAGACCUGGCUGCAGAUCCCAAUUCACGAGAUAGCAUGGUGGGCUGACGUCGACAAGCUUUUGCCCUUCUCCAUCACAGUACACGAGUUCCGCGAAGAUGAGGACGAAGACGAUACAAGCAGCUCGACAGGCUGUUAGCUCUGUGGCUGGACCCACGAGCAAGAGGAGCUUCGCAACUGCCAGAAGGCUUCAGGACAGCUAUGGCUUUAUCGGUCUGGGCCGAAUGGGAUAUCCAAUGGCCAAGAAUCUGCGAACGAAGAUCAAGAAGGAUGACACGCUGUUCAUACACGACGUGAACGAGCAAGUCACGAAGCAGUUCGUCGACGAGUUCGGCAGUGCCGGACCAGUCACAGCAGCCAAAGACGUGCGGGAAGUGGCAGAGAAUGCGACAACAAUCAUCACCGUCCUCCCCGAACCCCACCACGUCCAAAACGUCUUCCGCAACAUGCUCCGCCCCCCAACCCUCCUCACCGAAAGCCCCAACACACAAGAACGCCUCUUCAUCGACUGCUCCACAAUCGACGUGCGCUCCUCCGCCGAAGUCUCCAACGCCACAACCUCCUCCGGCCAAGGCAAAUUCAUCGACGCCCCCAUGUCCGGCGGCGUCGUCGGAGCCUCCGCCGGAGCUCUCACAUUCAUGAUGGGCGCCGCCCCGGAACUCGUCGACCGCGCAACAGAAAUCCUCAAAAUGAUGGGUAAAAGAGUCGUACAUUUGGGUCCACAGACAAGUGGCUUGAAAGGAAAACUCGCGAAUAAUUAUUUACUGGCGUUGAAUAAUAUUGCGACUGCGGAGGCUAUGAAUAUGGGUGUUCAAUGGGGUUUGGAUCCUAAAGCUUUGGCGGAUAUGAUUAAUACUGCCACGGGGAAAUGUUGGCCCUCGGAAGUGAAUAACCCGCAUCCUGGUGUCAUUGAGACUGCUCCUUCGAGUAGAGGCUACGAAGGAGGGUUCGGCACAGCGUUGAUGUUGAAGGAUCUGAAGUUGGCGAUGCAAGCUGCAGCAGAAUAUGAUAUCCUACCGCGACUGGGUACGCAGGCGAAGGAUAUCUAUCAGGCGGUGGAGGGAAUUCCGGAGCUGAAGGGGAAGGACUUCUCGGUUGUGUACAAGUACAUUGGAGGGAAAGCGACGGAUGAUAAGCCGAAGGAUGUGGUAUGAGAAGGCAAUGGGCGCUGCAAUGGUCAGCGUGAAGUGUGAUGUGAUGCUUUGUGCAAGCUUGUUGAUGUGGAAGCUGAAAGUGCGAGCUAACUAACGGCUAAAUACGGAUCUUAUGAAGAAUUCGACAUCA